ACGCCACAGGUGCGUGGCCACUGGCAGUACGGUGGCGGCAGCGAGGCUCCUGCUGCAACACCUGUUGGUUCAUGAGUCGCGGCUGCCAUCUCCGUACGAUACAGUAGGUGUACAAGACAACUCGCGAUUGCACCGUCGACUUGCAGGCUGCGUCCCUUCGUUGCGUGCCUGGCAUGCAAUAACAGUAGUGUUAGCAAUUGCUGCAUUUGGGCCUGAUUUCUGAUUUUUGCUGCUUAAUUUGGCACGACGCCUGCACGACGACGUUGUCACCGACGCUGCACACGCUGCACACGCUGCACCGACGAGCCCGACGACCACAGACUCCAACGCCUGGACAACCUCAACAGCUCAACAACCCAACAGCCCACAGCCACCAUGACGCUGCCCUUCCGCGACAUCAACGUGCAGGCUGCGUCCGACGCCUACAUCUUCGCCUCGCCGUCGAGCCCCAACGCGCCCGCCCUCACUGUCGACCGCCCUACGGGCGACGUGCGCCUUAGCGAUGCCUCGCUGCUCGCUAACAAGCGCGUGUCGCGCGUGUCGAGCAUCGCCGGCAUCCUUGGCAUCGUCAAGCUCCGCCUAGACAAGUACAUCGUCGUCAUCACCAAGGCCCAGCCCGUCGGCCGCCUGCGCGGCCACAUGGUCUACCGCGUCGUCGGCACCGAGUUCCUCCCCCUGCGCGAGCGCCAGGUGCACGACGCCGACGAGGACCGCUUCCUGGGCUUGCUGCGCGGCUUCGUCAAGUCGGGCCCCAUGUACUUCUCGUACUCGAUCGACCUCACCAACAGCUUCCAGCGCCAAGCCCAGCACAACCCCGCCAGCCCGCUGUGGCAGCGCGCCGACGACCGCUUCUUCUGGAACCGCUUCGUGCAGUCGGACUUGAUCGACCUGCGCACCCGCGGCGGCCGCGGCCUGCCGGCGCCCCAGCCCGCCGUCGACCCCUACAUCCUGCCCGUCGUGUUCGGCACGCUCGAGAUCCGCCUGACCGCUUUCAAGGGCACGCCCAUGACGGUCGCGCUCAUCUCGCGGCGGUCGCGCCACCGCGGCGGCACACGCUACUUCACGCGCGGCCUCGACGACGAGGGCCACGCGGCCAACUACAACGAGACGGAGCAGGUCGUGGUGCUGGGCGACGGCGGCGGCGUGAGCGGCUUCGCUGGCAGCGGCGACACCAUGCAGAGCGGCGCGCGGCGCGGCGACAGCCGCGAGGUGCAGGUGCUGUCGUACGUGCAGACGCGCGGCAGCGUGCCGGCCUUCUGGGCCGAGGUCAACAACCUCAAGUACACGCCCAAGGUGCAGAUCCGCAGCGUCGAGGCGGCGCUGCCCGCGGCGCGCGCCCACUUCGACGAGCAGAUCCGCAUAUACGGCGACAACUACCUGGUCAACCUGGUCAACCAGAAGGGCCGCGAGAUGCGCGUCAAGCAGGCCUACGAGGACGUGGUGCAGGCGCUCGUGCCGGCGCCGCAGGAGCGCACGCAGGCCGACCAGCGCACUGACGAGAAGUUCCACACCGUCGAGGCGGGCAGGUCAGGCUCGCGCUACGACCGCCUGCACUACAUCUACUUUGACUUCCACGCCGAGACCAAGGGCCUGCAGAUGCACCGCGCGCAGCUGCUCAUCGACCGCAUGCGCGACGGGCUGGCCGCCCAGCAGUACUUCCGCGCCGUCGACAUGCCGGCGAGCCACCUCGACGGGCGGCUCGAGGUGCGCAGCCUGCAGACGAGCGUGGUGCGCACCAACUGCAUGGACUGCCUGGACCGCACCAACGUGGUGCAGAGCAUGCUGGGCCGCUGGACGCUGGACCGCAUGCUGGCGGACCUGGGGCUGCUCGCGCGCGGCGCCACCUUUGCCACCGAGGACCCCGCCUUCGAGCUCGUGUUCCGCAACAUGUGGGCCGACAACGCCGACACGGUCGCCCAGGCCUACUCGGGCACCGGCGCCAUGAAGACGGACCUGACGCGGCUGGGCAAGCGCACCGUGGCCGGCGCCCUGCAGGACGCCAACGUGUCAGUGACGCGCUACUGCAAGAACAACUUCUUCGACGGCCCGCGCCAGGACGCCUUCGACCUGUUCCUCGGCGCCUACCAGCCGGCCGCCAGCGCGAGCCUCGUGUUUGCCGACCGCCGCCCCGUGCUGAUCCAGAGCAUCCCCUUCGUGGCCGCCUUCAGCCUGUUCGUCGUGCUAGUGGGGCUGCUGACGCCGCGCGCCCCGGGCGGCGCCGUGUGGCCGCUGCGCGUGUUUUUGCUAGUGUUCACCGCGGCGGCGCUCUGGUCGCUGCUGUUCAUCUUGAACAACGGCAUGCUCUACGUCAACUGGCCCAAGCUGAACCCGCGCCCGUGGGCCACCGAGGGCUACCACGAGACCAUCAACAAGGUGCGCAAGGACCGGCUGCUGGGGCCGCUGGUGGCGCGGCACGAGCGCGGCCUCAGCACGGCGCGCUACAUCAACGCCGAGGAGGGCAAGAAGCGGAUCGAGUAGGGUGUUUAUUUAGCAUUGGUGAGUGUUUAGCAUAGAUAGACUUGCCUGCAUGCAUUAAUUGGGUGCGAGCUCGCGCUGUACGUAUCGUAUCGUUGGGAUUAAAAUACUAUUCAACUUGCUUCUCGGGGUGG